UUCAGUGCCUUUCAAUGUCCUUCGGUGUCGACUGGACGUAAUAAGCUGGAGGGUUCCCCCACUCUCCUGUGCUUAUCCUAAUGGUGUAAAUCUUGUUUCGCGCCGUCUAAGCAACUAAGGCCUUAGUCGCUCAUGUGGUUACGGGGUCACUCGUUCGUCGUCGACUUCAAUCCGGAAAUAUGGGACAUCGGGAAGAUUUGAUAGCGGCUAUGGUGGUGUUUCUCGUGGUGGAUACUAUCGCUAUAGCCGCUCGACUCUAUGUUCGAAUAAAAAUGCUCACCCGGGGGUUUGGGUGGGAUGAUGUUGUGCUUCUCUUGACAUACAUCGGCUUCGUUAUCUCGUGUGCGAUGGGCUUCGCUUCUAUUCGCUACGGAUACGCUGCCAUAGACGAACAACCAUAUUAUGACAAGACUAAAGCAACAGAGUUCCUAUUCGGUAACCAGUUAGGACUCUACAUCAGUGCCGGCUUGGUGAAAAUAGCAGUGGCCUUGGUUCUCUACCGUCUUGCAUCGACGAAGCGGAUGCAUUGGAUCUUGAUCGGGUCUAUGGUAGUGGUGACUAUCUGGACCGUGGUAAUGACGCUGUUCGCAUCGUGGCCGUGCGCCCAAAGCGGUGCGAGCAACUGGGCUGGGAGCAAAACGUGUCAGCAAGUUGGUUACUUUCGCACCAUCACCAAUAUCUUCAUCGACUACUUCUAUGCGAUAUUUCCGGUGUUCAUUCUGAGAAAUGUACACAUGAACACAAGACUGAAACUAUCAGUCAUACUGCUGUUAGGAUUAGGUGCAUUUGCGAGUUCCGCAACAAUUGUUAAACUCGUCGUCAUUGUCAAGUUAUCAACAGCAAAAGGCGCGGUCGCCGAUGGCUUACAUCACGACUUACUACUUUGGGCCGAUAUCGAGCUAGGAAUGGCUACCUUCGCGGCCUCCGCUGCUGCGCUACGGCCCUUACUAAGGCACAUACCAUCAAUCUGGGGCAAGUCACAGACGGCCAAUAGUCAUGGCACGAGCGAGGCCGUCGGGCCUUAUCGAGCGCUUGGUCCUAGUAAUGAAAUGCACCCACUGAAUCGGCACGAGAGCAAGGGAAUUAGUGGGAGUGAUGACGAGAGGCAUAUAUCUGUCGUAUGAAUGUAUGAACUAAGGUAUCUUUUAGUGUACGCAUACAAAUGUACUAGUAGGGUUAACUACGGUGUACGGCUCAACCUGUUCGCUGCGAUAUUCGUCCUCAUUGCCCCAUACCAGUGAUCCUGCAGUUCGAUGUUCAUUGGAAAACUAUCGCUACUCCUAUCUACA